AUGCUUCGCGCGACGUCGAUUGCACUUGGUUUGGCCUCGUUUAUAGUUGCCGUGGGUGCAGCAGAUCCGUCCCAAUGGACUGCAGACCCAAGACUCCAUCGUUCAAUGUGGGGAAUUGCAUACACCGCCGAGCAUGCAGCCAACUAUCCGGCAUGUGGAGAUACACUUGAUGAAGUCGUUAGGGAUGUUCAACUCAUGAGCCAACUCACCACUCGUAUUCGCACAUAUGGAACGGACUGUAACCAGCUGAGGCUCGUACAGCAAGCCAUUCAACAGACCAAGACGAACCUUCACGUCUAUGCUGGCAUCUAUAUUGAUGGGAACGAGACCACGUUUGAACGUCAACGAGACGAAGCAUUUGCCGUGUUUGAUCAGUACGGAGUGGACAAUGUCCUCGGCAUCACCGUCGGGAAUGAGUACCUCCUCCAGGCCUACACGGCGAAUCCAGCGACUCUGGAAACUGCCCAGACCUAUUUGAUCUCAAAAAUCCAAGAUGUGCGCACUAUGCUGGCCAGCAAGAACUAUGGCAAGACGAUUCCCGUCGGAAGUGCAGAUGCUGGUAGUCAAAUUACUGCUACAUAUGCCCAGGCCGCAGAUUUUAUCAUGGCCAACAGUCACCCCUUCUUCUCAGGUGUCACAAUUGAUGGCGCAGCGAUCUGGACAGCGGAAUAUCUCGUGAAUGAGCAACCUCAUUUCGCUACCGACGCUGGAAAGCUACUCCUUUCCUCUGAAGUUGGUUGGCCCACUGACGCAAUGGCUACGACGGAUCCUGCGGGAUUGACGUUAAACGGCAGUAUUGCUUCCACUGCAAAUCUUCAAACGAUGCUUGACACAUUUGUCUGUGCCACCAAUGCCAACCUCACCGCUGGUUCCGCUCUGGGCCACGGAUAUUUCUGGUUCGAACUCUUUGACCAAGAAUGGAAGGUUCAAUACGGCGGCGCAGAGCCAUAUUGGGGUCUUUUCGACAAAGACCGCAACUUGAAGGAUAUCACUAUUCCUUCCUGCAUUGCCCCCGAGGAGGCCCCCGUUGGAAAUAUGGGCAACAACACUGGUUCUGGCUCGAGCAGCGGAUCCUCUGGAAACGGUGGAAGCGGUGGUAGUGGCAGCAAUGGUGGCAGUGGAAACUCUCAAAAUGGCGCAACUGGUUCCAACGUUGUCCUUUCCGCUUUUACGGCGUUGAUCCUUGCUGCAGUCGGAGGACUUGCUCUCCUCUGA